AUGACCGACGCCGGCUUCUUCCGCGGCACCAGCGCCGACCAGGACAAUCGCUUCUCGGACAAGCACAAGAAGCUGCUGAAGCAGCUCAAGUUCUCUGAGGCGCUCACCCAGAAGGUGGACAUCAAGAAGGUGAACCUCGACGUGGUGAAGCCCUGGAUUCAGAAGCACAUCACGCAGAGCCUCGGCCUGGACGACGAGGUCGUUUACGAGUAUGUGAUCAACCAGCUGGAGGCGGAACGCCACCCCGAUGGACGCAUGAUGCAGAUCAACAUUACCGGCUUUCUCGACGGUAAACGGGCGCGCGAGUUUAUGGACAAGCUCUGGAACUUGCUGCUGGAUGCUCAGUCUACGGAGGACGGCAUUCCGCUGGCGCUGGUCGCAGAGAAGGCCGAGGAGAUGAAAAAGCGCUCUGCCACUGAUGGGAACAACUCGGAAAAUGGAGGCGGCGGCGGAAAGUCCACCAACGGUUCACUGAGCUACGGACUGCAGGGCGGCGGUGAUUCAGCAGGCGAUAAAAUUCCCACUCCUCCACCGCCGCCCUCUGCUUACCAGCAUCGUGGACCGCCACCUCGUGACAGUGGUGCAGUGGAGGCCAAAAAGCCCUCAGAAAGGAAAUAUUCCGACAACGACUCUUCAGCGGACUCUGACUCCAAGAGCGGCAGCAAGCGCAAGCACAGCAAGUCCAGCAAAAAGAGGCGCCAUCGUGAUGCUUCGAGCAGCGAGGACGACAGCGGGGACAGCGACAAAGAGGGCGAAGACGGUGACGAUGAUCGGCGAGGAUCCUCUUCGAAGAAGAAACGCUCCAAGAAGCACAAGAAGCACUCUAAACAUCGCAAACACAAAAAGAGGCGCUCCAAUGAAGGCGACUCGGAUGGGGAGGACAGUUCCGGUGAUGAGGGCGGUGAGAAGAAGAAGAAGAAGAAGAGCAAAAAGAGCAAGAAGCAUCGCAAGCACCGCAAGCGAAGCGAUGACGACUCGGACAGUGGCAAGGAGGAGGAAGGCAAGUCUGCUGCUGCGGACGGAUCAGGUACGGCAGCCGCUGCCGGCGACUCUGACUCUCGCUCCGGCUCCAAGCGGAAGCACAAGUCGAGCAAAAAGUCGAGCCACAAGAGCAGCAAGAGCAAGAAAAGCAAAAAACACUUUUGGCUUUCAGUACGCUUGAAUGUUUGCAACGAUAAUCAGCGGAGUGAGUUUAUUGAAUGUUAG